AGCUUAAUUUCUUAGAAAAAUGCUUAAGAUCAAUUUCUCAGGGCUUCACUCAAAGCUCUCAAAAUUUAUGACUAAUGCUUCUAAAAGUAAAGGGAGCUCAUACCUGUUGUUCGUGAGAAACGCAGAAUCAUCUGGAAAUCUUUCAGGGACUCUGACUGGCUGGAUGGAUGCAGAAUUAAGCGAAUAUGGUAGAAAACAAGCAUUUAGUCUUAACGAGGUCCUUGUCGAUUAUGAAGAUGAAUUUUCCACCCUCAAUUGCUCAGACCUUAAGAGAAGUGUUCAGACUGCAAACUAUGCUCUCGGAUUCCCAAGCGAAUCAGAUUUGGUUCAGGACAAACUGAUCAGAGAGUGAAGCUAUGGAGAAAUGGAGGGAAUUCACUUUGAUUCAAUGCCAGAUUCACAAAAAGAACAAAUUAGUGAUCCAAGCUAUGUGUUCCCUGGAGGAGAAUCCUUCAACCAGGUUAGGGAUAGAGGACAAAUAUUCUUAAAUAAACUUCCAGAAGGAACUCAUUUAGUAUUCACCCACGCUGGCGUUAUCUGUAGUUUACUUCAAGACUACGGAGUUGCUGAAAUGCCAGAGACAUGAUCAUUUGUAGGAGCUACUCUUGAUUCAGACUCUAAGGAGCUAAAAAUGCUUGAAUUUCUAUGGGAAUACCCAGUCAUUUCAGAAGAUAUAUAAUUAAUUGCAGCCAAUAAUCCUAAAUAUUUUGGGGUUUUGGGG